AUGAAUGUCCAUUUGAAGGAAGCAAGUACCUCGCAUUUUGCACUCCAAUCAGGAGAAAUCAAACGACUGCGAGGAAUAAUAUACUACAAGAAAUGCAACAUAGAACCCAUAGAGCCCAAAGUGGAAAGGGUUGUCUCCUUUUGCUGGAGAAUUCCAAAUUUUGUGGAGAGCAGGAGACAACAAGCUUCAGAUGCCAUUGGAGACAAGCCCCUUACAAGUGGGCCAUUUAUAGAUGACAACUGCAGAUGGAGAGGACUGUACUCCGGACAACAAAAAUUGUUCCUGCAGCUGCUCUCAGCAUCCCAUCCAGUUACUGGGGAAAUUCAAAUUGUAAUGGCCCCUGGAAGUGACAAUGAACAAGUGCUAGACUUGGACAUAGUGUCCCUGAAGGAAGGAGAAAUGUGGGGUAGGAGGAUACCAAAUGUGGACAGUCUACUGGACGGAAAUGGCAGCCUUGAUGUUAAAUUUAUUAUUUACUACUUCAACUUGUACUAAUUUCAUGAACAGGUCAUAAAAUGUUCAAUUCAGUUAUUAUUAUUUUUAUUAACCUCUUACUUAACAGUCAUAAAUUUCUUGCUUAUUUUUUUUGUCAUGACUGCAAAUUAAGAAUAUGGUUUUUGCAGUCUAUAAAGAGGGUUGGGUCAGGCCGUUUAAAAACUAAGGUUAAAUCAACAAGCAUUGAUUAUUUUGUUAAAAGUGAACUGUUGCAGUUGUUUAAUGGCUUUUUGGUGGAUCUAUUAACACAUUCAUAACUGGAUUGAACAUUUUAAGACCUGUUAAUAAUGGAAACCUCUUUGCUCUCAACUAUCAAACCAAUUCCUGAAAAUUACUCACUUUUCACAAAAUUGGCAAAUCUGUCUUCAUCUAGCAACAUUUAAUCAAUCUGGAUUCAAAAAUACAUUUCUCUCACUGAUAAACACAGCUUGAACUGUACUUUAGCUUCUUUUAACAAUUACAGUAGCCCGCCACACUUUCUUAAUUUCGUGAAAUGUCGUCAAUCAACCAUGGUCUCUGAUAAUGCAUAUGUUCAGUAUAGUUAAUAAUAUUCUUCUUAAUAUUUGAUUGCAAGGGAUGAACAUUCAUUACUUUUCAGACUUUUUUUUUGUCAUAUUCUCCAAAAGAUUUUCAUAUUUCAUUAGAGUUCUGUUCCUUUUCCUUGUUACAAAAGACGAAUUAAAAUAGAAACACGAAAGUGUAUUGAGCUCAUAUAAU